GCCCCACCCCCGGAGCACGCGGCCUCCCCUGAAGCCGGCAGGAGACACCUUCGUCCCCGCCCCUCCGCAGGUCACCUCCCUCCACGCCCCUUUCCCUUGGCCCCGGCAGCCGGCAGGCAGGGAAGUGUCGUAAAGCCCGGCCCAGGAAACUUUACCCGGGGUAACAGCCGAGGCGCUUUACGGCGACGGCGGCAGAGUGGGAGCUUCGGCAGUGGAGGCGGCCGCGGCGGCGGCGGCGGCGGCGGCGGCGGCGGCUGAGGAGGAAGAGGAGUGGCGGCUGUGGCGGCGGGGACCUGUGCGGGGAUGGCGGAGGUACCGCCUGGGCCUAGCAGCCUCCUCCCACCACCGGCACCUCCGGCUCCGGCGGCGGCCGAGCCCCGUUGCCCCUUCCCGGUGGGGGCCGCCCUCGCCUGCUGCAGCGAGGACGAGGAGGACGACGAGGAGCACGAAGGCGGCGGCGGCGGCGGCGGAGGAGGAGGCAGAGGCAGGAGCCCGGCGGGCGGCGAGGCGACGGGCAAGGGGCAUCCGUGCCACCGCUGCCCCUCGCCGCCGCAGGAGCAGCAGCAGCAGCUCAACGGAUUGAUCAGCCCCGAACUGCGGCACCUCCGGGCGGCUGCGUCCCUCAAGAGCAAGGUUCUGAUCGCGGCCGACACCGCCACGACCGCGGCCACCCCCGACGGGGGCCCUAGAGCGACUUCAACAAAAGGAUCCGGGGUCCGCUCGGCCGAGAGCCCCCCUAGCUGCCUCCCCAGUAAUGCCAGAACUGCGCUCCCCAGCCCGGCGGCGGCAGCAACAGCAGCGGCGGCGGGCAACGAGCCCGUGGCGGCCCGCAAUGGACUGGCCGAGGGCACCGAGCCCGAGGAGGAGGAGGAGGAGAAGGAGGAGGAAGAGCAGGUGCGGCUGCUGUCCUCGUCCCUGACCGCCGGCUGCAGCUUAAGAAGCCCCUCGGGCAGGGAGGGCGAGCCCGGGGAGGAUCGGACGAUACGUUACGUCCGAUACGAAUCCGAGCUCCAAAUGCCCGAUAUCAUGAGACUGAUCACCAAAGAUCUGUCUGAACCCUACUCCAUUUAUACCUAUAGAUAUUUUAUCCACAACUGGCCCCAGCUGUGCUUCUUGGCCAUGGUAGGGGAGGAAUGUGUAGGUGCCAUCGUUUGCAAGUUGGAUAUGCACAAAAAGAUGUUCCGCAGAGGUUAUAUAGCCAUGUUAGCCGUGGAUUCCAAAUACAGGAGAAAUGGCAUUGGUACUAACUUGGUUAAGAAAGCUAUAUAUGCCAUGGUUGAAGGAGACUGUGAUGAGGUUGUUUUGGAAACAGAAAUAACAAAUAAGUCUGCAUUGAAACUUUAUGAAAAUCUUGGGUUUGUUCGAGAUAAGAGGCUAUUCAGAUACUAUUUAAAUGGAGUUGAUGCACUGCGACUUAAAUUGUGGCUGCGUUGAGAAAAUGACAUCAAAGAACAUCUUUCCAACAACACAGAGUCAACCUUUGCAUGCAAUGCAAUUUGUACAGAAUUGCUUUGCAGGUGGAUUUAGUAAUUUCCAUGCAGCUCUUAUCUGUCAGUGUCUCAUUGAGUGUCGCACAAUAUUUGUUGCACUUUGGCAUGGCGCAUUUGUUCUGAAUUAAAAGAGAUUGUUUUAAACAGCAAGAGUUCUAUUGGUACCAACAGGAUGUGCCAGUCGAUAGCCAAGAUUUGUUUGUUCAUUUACAAAGUCUGCUGACAAUGUUAUUUACACAGUGGUCAUUUUAUCACAGAACCAGUAAGUGGAACAUGUUUUUUGUUCCUUAAAAGCCAAUGUAGGUUGUAAAAUUCUCUACUAACAUUUCACAUGGAACCUGCCAUAAUUUUCUGAAAGGGGGUGGGGUAAAAGCUUCAAUUUUAGGUUUUAUUUUUUCAAUAUUAAAAUUUCCAUUCUUGAAUAUUGGUACCUCAGUGAUUAGUGAAUGAAAAACUGUAAUGUAGGGUUGGGUGUGUCUUACAAAUGAGUAAAGAUAACCAUUAAAUUGCGUCUGCCAGUGCCUGUGUAGA